UCCGCCAUGUUGGGAUACAAGUCGGAGCUUUGACUGUCUCUGUACCUGUACCGUGUACUAGCCGUGUACUAGCCGUGUACUAGCCAUGUACUAGUCACCUAGUCGUGUAUCUGUUUAUAUAGAGUGUUAUGCACCAAAUACAACCAUGUCCAAGACGAUGUUACCUUCGUGUAUCGUGUAUAAUUCACCAUAUUCAUCUCCCUCCAGGGGCCUGGACUACGGUGCUGCCGACAAGAGGGCGUCCACCAUGCCGUCCCAGGGGUCUCUCUUCACCAACUUUGAGGACGUGCAGCUGACGGACGAGGAGCGUGUUUUCCUGAACGCUGCUUACCUUGGUGACGUGGGCAUUGUCCGUCAGUCUCUUGAAGAGAGCGGAGAGUCGAACCUCAACGUCAACUGCGUCGACUACAUGGGCCGCAAUGCUCUCCACUUGGCCAUCGACAGCGAGAAGCUGGACGUCAUCGAGAUCCUCCUUGACAAUCUGUCCUUCAACUGCAUCGAGGAGGCGCUUCUACACGCCAUCAGCAAGGGAGGAACUAAGAUUGUCAAGCUUGUCAUCGAACAUCCGAAUUUCAUGGCCGGAGAGGAUAGGUUGCGGCGACUUGGGGGAGGGGAGGCGUUCUUCAGGACAGAGGAGAAAUCUCAGUUCCCCCCUGAUAUAACCCCCGUUAUUUUGGCCGCACAUUAUAACAACCACGAGAUUAUACAGAUGUUUCUCUCACGGAAUCAUACCAUAGAGAAGCCCCAUCCUAUCUCGUGCAAGUGCAGUGAUUGUGUCUCCAAACAGAAUUAUGAUUCGUUAAAAAGGUCAAGGUCACGUUUGAACGCUUACCGUGCGCUCGCAAGUCCAGCAUACAUGGCGCUGUCCAGCCCCGACCCAAUAAUGACGACCUUUGAACUACGACAGGAAAUGAUGAAAUUAGCGGAAGUGGAAAAAGAGUUCAAGAACGAGUACCUUCAAAUGGUGGAACAGUGUAUGAACUUCGCCUGUGAGCUGAUGGACUUGUGUCGGGGCACACAGGAGGUGGAGGCGGUGCUCAGUGAGAGUGGGGAGACAACCCAGAGAGACCCCCUCGCCAGACUCAAACAGGCCAUUCGGUAUGAGGAGAAGAAGUUCGUGGCCCACCCCAACUGCCAGCAGCACAUGACCAGCAUCUGGUACGGCUCUGAGAUGGGAUUCUUGCAGUCGCUCGGCUGGUUCCGCAAACUCAUAUAUCUCAUCCUCUUCCUUCCCGCCAUUCCAUUCAUGUGUAUAGCAUAUGUCUUCGCGCCUAACAUCAAGUUUGGGCGCAUCAUGCGCUGCCCGGUGACGAAGUUCAUCACGCACACGACGUCACACAUCUGUUUCCUUAUCCUCCUGGCGGCCGCCACGUUCCGCAUCACCGAGUCAGGGGAGACAAUCACCUCCACGACUGAGAUGAAUGAAACCAAGUACGCCCAUCUCAGCAGCGAGGAGAAGAUACAGAAUAUCUUGAAGGAAACCCUCCGCCCAGCCAGUACUCUCAUCACUCAUGUGCAGAUCUGUAUAGUAUUUUGGAUAUUAGGUCUUCUAUGGAUUGAAUGCAAACAAGUGUACAUCUCAGGAGCCCGGGCUUACACCACCGACUAUUAUAACUUAGUUGAUUUUAGUGUCUUAUCUAUGUAUCUAGCGUCCUACGUUCUACGGUUCUUCACGGAGUACCAGGUAUCGGAGGCUGACAGGACGUCGAAUGGCACAAAUCGGGCGAGAGAACUCCUUAUGCAACAAAACCACACAUACUUCCAUCUUCUGGUUGCUGAUAUCAAGAACCCGAACCACAGGAUCAAUUACUUCAUGGAGGCAUCACGGUUCCAUUGGGAAGCAAACGACCCUGAGAUUGUCUCGGACGUCUUGUUCGCCAUUGCCAACGUCAUCAGCUUCGCGCGCACCACCUACCUCAUGCCAGCCUUCGAGGUGCUGGGCCCCCUGCAGAUAUCCCUUGGGCGCAUGAUCGGCGAUAUCACCAGGUUCAUGGUGCUGUUUACCCUGGUACUCUUCGCCUUCAUGGUGGGUCUGCACAACUUGUACUGGUACUACGGAGCGCAGAAAAUCAAGAUGGAGAUUAAUGGCAAUCUCGUCAACGCCCACGCAGCGAAAGCAUUCCAAGGGUUGCGACAGACGUUCUACAGCCUGUUCUGGUCCAUGUUCGGCCAAGUGAGCAUGAGCGACAUCACCGUCAUGCACCCGGAACCUGAUGGAGGCUAUGUCUCCAGUGUUGUGGGCGUCGGCAAGGGAGGAGGCGGAGUGUUCAAGUCCACCUUGUACGGGUCGUCGAAUCAGGACAGCAGCACGUCCAUCGUUGAGAGUGUCGGGAUGUACCUAUUCGGCAUCUACCACGUCGUCAUCAUCAUCGUCCUCAUUAACAUGCUCAUCGCUAUGAUGAGCCACUCCUUCGAAGACAUUCAGACUGACUGCGACGUGGAGUGGAAGUUUGCCCGAACGAAGCUGUGGCUGAACUACAUGGACGAGGGCAGCACCCUGCCGGUCCCCUUCAACAUGAUCCCCACCCCCAAGUCCUUCUACUAUGUGUAUAUAUUCUUUAAAGACUUGAUAAAACAUAGCAAAAACGGAUUCCUAGAAUAUGAAAAGAAUAGAAAGCAGACGUUUCUUAAGAAACGUCGCGAGACCGUUUGCAAAACGCUGGAACUAAAGCCUGAUGAGACGUCAUAUAUAGACAUCAUGCAUAGGCUGGUAAAGAGAUACCUCUUCAAGCUGGAGAGAGCUAAAGAUGAAACUGCAGCACUAAAAGACAUGGGUAACAUACGAGCGGAGGAGGUGGAGUUCAUAGAAGCCCCAGAAGUGCCCCCGCCGCCAAUACCGACCGAUACGCCUAGCCGGAUACCCUUCGCCACGCCCCCUAUACCCGAGGAGGAAGGGGAGGAUAACUCUAAAUCUGACGGUCGGGCCACCGCCGUGUCAAAGAGGAAGAGCAGUAACAGGAGCCAUCACAACCGGCGAACGUCCAUGGCCAACGUUCCCAUGACAACAACGACCCUGGCUAUCCCCCAGCUGGACGCUAUCCAGAGGUCACAGAAGCUCCUUGAUGUGCGGCUCCAGCACCUACAGGCGAACAGCAAGGAGAACAACCGUCUCCAGGACGAUGUAGAGUUCAUACGCAAGUUGAUGACGGAGAACCAAAAGGCUUUGUGCAAUGUGGUGCAGGCUUUGGCCAACAUUCAGGGCGAAAUUGUCAACUUGGCUCAGUGCCUAAAGCCAGCACCGAGGCCCCAGUCAAACGCCAUUCCUAACGCUCAUGGUCAGACUAACGCUGUGUCGUCCAAUCGUGCUUCCAGGAAGAGGUCGGGUCCUGAGGAGGACGACACCAAGGUCUGACAGUGAGACGAGGUGGACAUCGUGUUCCUGAUGUGGAGGUGUACUAGAAGGCGAUGUGUGAUACCGAGGGGCACUCACGGUCACUCGGUCACCUCGCCUUCCCCUGGGUAUUGCUACCGGGUGUAUAGGACUCUUUCUGAAGUACCUAGUUACUCCAGGCACACAAGCAACAUGUCGAUAUUUAUGCUGUCGUGAGAUUAAGGGCGCCAAGAUGUUGAGUUCUGUAGUGCGGGCACUACACAUCCCCGGGCACAUGUCGUCACUCGUCACGAUGUCCAGAGUGGGCACAUGACGUCAUAUUGUUCCUGCGCGAGUACAUGACGUCAUAGUUUCCCAAUGGGAGCACAUGUGGUCAAGGUGUCCGUGUGGCCACAAUAUAAAAGUUAACAAUGUAUUUACAGGGGACAGCUUUAGUAGUGAAUUCUCGGCAUCCCCUGUCGCCAGCAGCUCCUGCUAGGUUUCGCUACACACAUUAUCGGCCUUGACCUUCAACGAAUGUGUCCGGACGUUGUGGUGGUGGAUUCCUUGAGCUGCGUUGUUAUUGAGAAUGGCAGGGAUAUUAUACUGUACCGUGCAGUCGACCACGACCACGGAUAUAUAUACAUGCUGACGGCACCAAUAUGAUUUAUUUUUUUCUUUCUAGUUACUUCGUGAGAUGUCAAUGUGCAUGUAACUGAAGCUGUUCUGAGAGCCCAUCGUGACCUUCCACUCAUAUAGCUACCCUUUCUUUGACUAACAGUAAUCUGCGUUGUAUGAUAUGAUAAUGAACGAAGCUUUAUUUCAGCUUUGCUGUUUGCUGUAUGUGUAUUUGUUACGUGUGUUAACCUUUAGCAUUCAGGUGUGGUCCGUUGUGUUCGACCCUCAGCAACACAGGUGUGUUUUAAACUUUCCAGUGUUUUAACAUUGCGAUCCCUAAUUCAGGGAGGGCCAAUGUUAGCUUACCGUGGCUUUCAAUUACGUUAGAUAAUAGCCUCGUUUUGAGAAUCUCAGCAUGUUUCUUCUCAUGCCAUCUUCCUCUAGGUUCCCACCCCCGGCUCCAUGGAUAUACAAUACCAAUGUGUAAAAAGAUAGGUAGACAACACCUUUUUGUUUGUGUGUGGUUAAGUGGUUAUUUUGACGAAUUGCGGAUUUGAAUAUAGCCACAAAAAGUCUUUAACUUGCAUUGUGUUCAAUACAAACUCUAGCCCUUUCAGAAAUAAAACUAACAGAUUUGCACCCGCGGGUGAGUUCUAACCAUUACAUAUGCCAGGGUGGCUCCACAAUAAAGUUUGGCAAUACACAGCUUGCAAUAGCACCGAUUAGAUUAAUUAAUUCCAAACACAAGUAUGUAGUUAUCAUCACGUUGUUCUUUCAUCAGCUAAAGUCAUGGCAAGUACCAAUACCAGUCUGAGAGAGGUGCUCAGCGAGCAUCGUGCCUCUGCUAUAAAGACUUCCCCUCUCCUCUGUACAGACAGUUAUAUAAAGUAUGUGUAUAUUCAUGUACACCGGCAAAGGUAUUGCUACAUAGACCAGCUGGGAACAUAGUCAUAUACACCCACGGUGUAUAUAGCCAUAUAACCAAGUGUGUGUAUAGCCAUAUAUUGUGUGUAUAACUAUAUACACCAAACGCGAAGACAACCAAUACAUCAACUGUCAGUAUAGCUAUAUACACCAACUUUAGACUGAGCCAUAUACGCCAAGAGUGUGUGUAUAUAGUGUGUACAGUCAUUAUCAUGAACUGUUUGUAGCCACACGCAUCACUCGAGAGUACGUCAUUAUAUCUGAGCUAAUUCAAGAGCUAUAUUACGAAGUGUGAGUAGAGCUACACCUGUGUACAUGCAUAUAGCACCGUAUACCUUGAUGCAGCCAGAUGCGAAUGUAUUGAAUGCGGAAGCGUGAUACUGAAGGGUUGUGAAGUCGUUGCAAUAUGGCUGAUUGGGUAGGGUGGGGCGGAGGUCACGUCAGGUGAACUUUCUAAUCAACCAAUCAAUAUCGAGGCUUCUAUAUUAUUAAUACGAGUGGGUGAAUAGUUUUGACAAGCAUUUCUUUAUAUCGAAAAUGAUGACAGUCGGGGAGUUCCGAAUGCGCAAAAGUAAAUCUGCGCCAUUGUGUUGUAGAUAUUUAUACAUUCUGUCGUUUCUGAGCGCCAUGGUAUAUACACUCAUGCCUUUCCAGUGUAUGUUUGUAUUUUGUUGCGGUUACUUUUGCUAGUGUCGAAACUUCCAAAUCGAGGUGUAAAGAAAUAAAACCGGAUUGGUUUGGGUAGCUGACAUCUGAUGGGCUCGAGAACACCAUCAUUCAUUUUGGUGAUGAAUUUUGUUCAGGGUUCACCGGACGUGAUCUUCUAAAGAGAUGUAAAUGUAAUGAUUGCCAUGCGUGAUUCUCCAACAUUGUUAGUGGUUAGUUCAUGUCACCAUUAACCAAUAGACCUGUAGCUUCCAGACACCCACCGUCUUGAACGUCUUGGAACAAACUUGCUGGGGUUGAAGAUUUGUCACAUAGAACUCUGUUAGAUGCUUUCAAAACCCUGGUUAAUUACCAGCGUUGAGAACACACAUCCGUCUGCAUCAAGUAGAUCUAGUUUAUUUCUGUUUGUAGUUACAAUGAUUGUUAUCGUAAAUGUCUUUCAGAAGAGCCGGAAAUGUUAGCAAUGGUGUAUAACCUCGGCCGCCGUCCGCCAGUCACCGGAAGUUGGAUGUAUACAAUAUGCUAGUUACCAAUGAUUCUAAUACAGGUACCCAUCUCUACAACUCUGAAUGGCAUAUGUAUUUAUACACACCUAACUGCCUGGCUGUCACAAAUAUGCACUUAAUAAAUAAAGGUCCUUGAAAUUCUAUGGUUAGUGCAAAAGACAUGAGGGUUGUCUCCCCUUGGCACUUUUUAAUCCAGAAGAUGUCCUUCUUUCUAUGACAAUGCCUUCUGAUGUGAUGAUGCAGCUGAGUGAGCGGGGUUAGCCGUGUUGUAAUAGAGUAGAUAUGUGCUUCAAAUCAUAUUGUGACCGAUUCAUUUGUCAUCAUUCUUGUGCUUUUUAAAAUAUUUUGUGUUGUAAAUCUAGACAUUGCGACUAUGGUUGAUAAUGUGUUUGCCCGGUAUUAUACUCUAAUACCUCGUCGACCAGUACCCACGACACAUCCUUCUGUGACGGCACUGGGGAGAACGCUCUGCUACUGUUUGCGUUUGUUUACAUCCAAAUUUCUUUAAUCACAACACACCUCACCAAAAAUGCCAGCUGCUCCUACUACAUGUACUUUCUCAGCUUCUCCAACUCACCCCUUUCCAUCUCACCUAACAACUAUCGCUAACCCCCCUCCCCCCCCUCUCUCUCUAAUUGAUCAACACCCCACACCCACCCACACCUCACACGCACACCGUCUCAGUCCGAUUGUCCCCCGUUCCAUCUGUGCCAGUCACUCUCAUCUAUGCCUGUUCAUCUAAUCCAGUGCGACGCUUAUUAGAAUUCCCCCCCAUCUCUGUACGCGCUCCGAGUAAAGUCUGCGAAAUCAAGUAUCUAUGGACUAUGUCACCCAUUGUUACAGUGAUAAAGGAUGUUAUAUCAUAUAGGAUGGAGUUGGGUGGGAAGAUGUUAAGGUGGUCCAGGAUACUGGAUCACACAGCAAGGGGUGGAUGGUAAGGAGUAAGGGUGGUACAGGGUAUACAUAUCGCACUAUUGGCUUUGGUUGAAGACUAGCCAUGCGGCAUUCUUGUUUCCUUUCAGGUGGUGUGCAGUGGUUUACGUUGCUUGUGUAUGGUCAUCAGCAGCUGCUGUUGUAACUCCACUUAACGUUUCUGAUGCAAUACACUAAAUGUCAACGUCAUUAACUGUUUUCAAGAAACAAUAUGCAAAUUUUGAUAGCGUUCCCAUAACCUUAUAGUUGUCUACACCCAGUUACGUAAGGAGGGCAGUCUUGUGCAGAGUGUGUUGACUCCUCCCCUGCUGGCGACGCCACUCGCCUGGUUCCCUCCACAAUGUCAGCCACACUAUAUAUGGCUGCUAGAACCGGAACUAUCAUUAUAACUGAUUGUGAAACGUUCCUUUAUGCCUAUGUACAACAGCCCACAGAUUUUGCUGGCCUAGUUCUAGUAACCCACGUGACGAAGACAUGAACCCAAGCAUGAAACCAUGUCCCCAUGUAUGUUAUAACAAGCCUCGCAUUCCAGGACCAAUGAAUGACGAUACAACAUGUAUAAGAGUAUAUUUAUAACACAUAAGGUAUCCCUAUACUCAUCUAUGACGUAAUAACAAGUACAAGUUCAGCACAUUUGUUGACUUUUGUAGCUGUACGUGAGUACAGGCCUACAGUUCUGUGAUGCAACUUUAUUACCAAGAAGGGAUUCCUUAUAAUAAUAUGUGAUAAAAUACGCAUAAAAACAAUAAAUGAGAUGCAUAUGCACAACAGAGAUGACAUAAACAGACGUUCAGGUAAUGACGUUAUAACACCUACAGCAGACUUAUACAAGUGUUAUGUUAUAUGAAAUAACACUUAUAUACGACAUGAGGAUAUCACCUUUAAACUGUGUAUCAAAUAUGGCAGGAUUAAGGCAGUUCAGCUUCAAACAAGGACAUGCUAGUUAGGACUUUCAGAGAAUUCGGCUACUCUGCGACAGGUGGGAACCAGGUGACUAUCGAUCUCCAGUAGUUGUUUUUGUCUGAAUUCAGAGUGUACUGGUUCGCCCUAUUAGAUGAUAUUCUUACAAGUUUGAUGGAAUUUGUUGCUAUGUUUACGAAAAUAAUUUAUUGAUUGAAUAAAUGUUUGAAAUAAUAUUGACUAUUAUAAAGGAAUAAACUUCCAGUCCGGUUA